AUGCCAGGAAGUCUGCAGCCCGAUACCCUUUCAUACAAAAGCACUGUCUUUGACUUUGCAUUUCACCCAACCCAGGAUAUUAUCGCUACUGGACUCAUUACCGGACAUAUCAACUGCGUAAAAUACAUCCCUGGACCUGGGAACAACGAGCCGCUGUGGAGCGUUCGUCCCUCAAAAAAGUCCUGUCGUGGCCUUGCUUUCAGUCACGAUGGCGCUGGGUUGUUUACGGUGUCCAAGGAUGGAGCCAUUGGCGCAUUGGAUACAAAUACCGGAGACGUUUUGAUCAAAAAGCCUGACGCUCACGACCAUCCAAUCAACGCAGUGAAACUACUCACAGAAACCAUCCUUGCGACUGGAGACGACAGCGGCGUCAUCAAACUGUGGGAUGUCAGAACAGGAAACGAGGCCAUGCAGUACAGCGACCACGAUGACUUUAUCUCAGAUCUUGAUUUUGACGCUGAUUCAAAGACCUUGGUUGCGUCUAGCGGACAGGGCACUAUUUCGAUCUACGAUAUCCGGAAACCUACAAUGUUGGCCAUGUCUGCGAAUCAAGACGACGAGCUCUUGUCUAUUUGUAUUGUCAAGGAUCGCCGUAAAGUUGUGGUCGGAUCGCAGGAAGGCGUGCUUAACAUUUACUCCUGGGGAGACUGGGGAGACUGUACAGAUCGUUUCAUAGGACACCCCAACUCGAUUGAUACCAUCUGUAAGAUUGACGAGGACACAGUUGCAACAGGAUCCAGCGACGGCAUUAUCAGAAUCAUCGACAUCCUACCAAACAAGUUCCAGGGUAUCGUAGGCGAGCAUGAGGACUUCCCAAUCGAGUGCAUCAGAAUGUCACACGACAAAACGUAUCUUGCCAGUUGUUCCCACGAUGAUACGGUGCGGUUCUGGGAUGUGCGCUACUUGACCAGUGAUCGGGAUGAGGAGGAGGACGACAGCGAGGAGGCCCAGGAAACCACUGGUGACAACAAGAGUGAUAGUGACGACAACAAUGACGAGGCAGGACCUAGUGGAGGCAUGGAUGUCGAUUCUGAUGAUUCCGAUGCGCCUAAGAAGAAGAAUAAUAGGCGACCCAAGAAGCAGGCGCCUGUACCAAGCAAUCCUACCUUUUUUGACGACUUGUAA